AAGUGUCCAGACUGGAAGGGGGUGAAAGUGUCCAGACUGGAAGGGGGGAAAGUGUCCGGACAGGAAAGGGGGGAAAGUGUCCGGACUGGAAGGGGGGGAAAGUGUCCAGACUGGAAGGGGGGGAAAGUGUCCAGACAGGAAAAGGGGGGAAAGUGUCCGGACUGGAAGGGGGGGAAAGUGUCCGGACUGGAAGGGGGGGGAAAAGUGUCCAGACUGGAAGGGGAUAAAGUGUCCGGACAGGAAGGGGGGGAAAGUGUCCGGACUAAAAGGGGGGGAAAGUGUCCGGACAGGAAAGGGGAUAAAGUGUCCGGACUGGAAGGGGAUAAAGUGUCCGGACUGGAAGGGGGUGAAAGUGUCCGGACAGGAAAGGGGAUAAAGUGUUCGGAC